UUGUAUUUGGACCGUCACUUUGAUAUAUUUAUAACCAAAAUAUGGCAGAGAGAGGUGCACAUUUGACAGGAACUGCAUACAUAAGACCUUCUAUUUUUGAAAUUAUUGCACAGAAGUCACUUUCUUCUAUUCUUGAGCCGGCUUUUAAAAAGAUUCUUUCGUUUCUUGUGUCAUUCAAUCCUGAAAGAUAUGGACACGUUCUUCAAUGGGCAGAUGAAGGUUACUUAAUUUUUAAUGCAAUUCUUCAAGAAUAUUACUUAAAGAAGUAUUCUGCAUCAUUUUCCGAAACAUUUUAUGGUUUGAAGCGUGUUGCAGUAAUUGAUUCUAAGCUUAAAGGAAAGCUACCAUAUAAACAGCAUUUAUUAUCAUUGAUAUUAAUCGUGGCAUUGCCAUAUUUAAAAAAUAAAUUAGUGAAACUCAGUUUGAAGUAUAGACUCGAAGAAGCAGAGGGUCGUGAAUCAAGAGAAAGAAGGCAGACGUUUUUCCGUAAAUAUGUUGUCAACGGCCAUUCGAUCUUUUUUGUAACAUAUGAAUCUCUCGUGCUGUACUAUUAUAUACUUUACGUAUCCGAGAGGUCAAUAUAUCCAUCACCCUUGCUAAGACUGCUGUCCGUUACGCUGACAUACGCUGAUCCGCAGUCUGUUCUUAAUAGCGCAGAUUUAUUAAGGAAGAUAAAAGAAAAUUCAUUUACCGUUGAUGACGGAUGGAAUAUAUUUCAAAGAAUCGUCACUGGAUCUUUCGAAUUAGCAGCUUUCGUCUUGCAAUUUUACUCAUGGUGGAGUCAGGAAAAUUAUGAUACAGACAUUAUGAAUCUUCCAGCUCCACCACCUCCAAAGGUACCAACUGUGACGCAGCAAUAUAAAGGAAUUUGUCCACUUUGCCAUAAGAUCCAACAUAUACAUACAGUACUUAUGGUAUCUGGUUAUGUAUUUUGUUACCAAUGCAUUUUAUCAGAAAUACGUAAAAAUAAAAGAUGUCCAGUAACACACUAUCCCGCCAAGGAAGAUGAUUUGAUACGUCUGUAUAUAGAAUAAUAUAUAUUGUUGUAAUGUGUUACGCUUUUAUAUAUUUAUAAUAUUAAUAAUAUAUAUGCAAAUAAAGGUAUUGGGGUAUUGGAGAAGUAUGCCAAUUGGCUGUAAUCACGUUACAUAUCGUUCCAGAAAGCUAUUGUUAUGAAAUUACCAUAUAUUUUAUAUACAUGAAUAAAAAACUUGUUUUUGUUUCAAAA